GUUAGAAGCAGCUCUUCACAGAGAUGAUGUGGAGUUUAUCAGUGACCUGAUUGCCUGCCUGCUUCAGGGCUGCUAUCAACGAAGGGAUAUCACGCCUCAGACAUUCCACAGCUACCUAGAGGACAUCAUCAACUACCGUUGGGAGCUUGAAGAAGGGAAACCCAACCCUCUGAGAGAAUCCACUUUCCAAGACCUGCCUCUUCGUACUCGAGUGGAGAUCCUACACCGCCUCUGUGAUUAUCGGCUCGAUGCAGAUGAUGUUUUCGAUCUUCUCAAGGGUCUGGAUGCAGACAGUCUCCGUGUGGAACCGCUGGGUGAAGACAAUUCUGGAGCACUCUAUUGGUAUUUCUAUGGAACACGGAUGUACAAAGAGGACCCAGUAGGAAGAAAAUCCAAUGGAGAACUCUCUUUGAGCAGGGAAAGUAAAGGACAGAAAAAUGUCUCAAGUAUUCCUGGAAAAACAGGAAAAAGAAGAGGAAGACCCCCAAAACGGAAGAAACUACAGGAGGAAAUUAUAUUGAGUGAAAAGCAGGAAGAAAACUCCUUGGCAUCUGAGCCACAGGCAAGAAAUGGGUCCCAAGGGCCAGGCCAAGGCACUUGGUGGCUCCUGUGCCAAACAGAAGAAGAAUGGAGACAGGUCACUGAGAGUUUUCGAGAGAGGACCUCCCUUCGAGAACGACAGCUCUAUAAGCUCCUCAGUGAGGACUUCUUGCCUGAGAUCUGCAACAUGAUUGCCCAGAAGGGAAAACGUCCACAGCGCACAAAGGCAGAGUUGCAACCUAGGUGGAUGUCUGACCACCUGUCCGUCAAAUCCAUCAAGCAAGAGGUGAGUACUCCUGUGCUUACCAGAAUAGAAAAACAGAAGCGCAAAGAGGAGGAGGAAGAACGUCAGAUUCUUCUGGCAGUGCAGAAGAAGGAGCAGGAGCAGAUGCUGAAGGAAGAGAGGAAACGGGAAUUAGAGGAGAAGGUCAAGGCGGUGGAAGAUCGCGCUAAGAGGAGAAAGCUCAGGGAAGAAAGGGCGUGGCUGCUGGCACAAGGGAAGGAGCUCCCUCCAGAACUUUCCCAUCUGGACCCCAGUUCCCCCAUGAGGGAAGGAAAAAAGACCAAGCACCUCUUUGAGUUGGAUGACGAUUUCACUGCCAUGUAUAAAGUUCUAGAUGUGGUGAAGGCUCACAAGGAUUCUUGGCCCUUUUUGGAACCUGUGGAUGAAUCUUAUGCCCCUAACUAUUAUCAGAUUAUUAAGGUCCCCAUGGAUAUUUCAAGCAUGGAGAAGAAACUGAAUGGAGGUUUAUACUGUACCAAGGAGGAGUUUGUCAAUGACAUGAAGACUAUGUUCAGGAAUUGUCGAAAAUAUAAUGGGGAAAGUAGUGAGUAUACCAAGAUGUCUGAUAAUUUAGAGAGGUGUUUCCAUCGGGCAAUGAUGAAACAUUUUCCUGGUGAAGAUGGAGACACAGAUGAAGAAUUUUGGAUCCGAGAGGAUGAAAAGCGGGAGAGGAGACGGGGUCGGGCUGGACGAAGUGGUGGAAGCCAUGUUUGGACCCGCUCCAGGGACUCCGAAGGGCCCAGCAGGAAACAGCAACCCGUGGAGAACGGAGGAAAGUCGUUGCCCCCUGCACGCCGAGCCACCGCCUCCGGGGAUGAGCAGGGCGGCAGCUCCACACAGCCCCCUCGGGAAGCGGGCACCUCCAACGGCAGAGGCUUCGCUCGCCCCCUGCACUGUGGCGGGAUGCCCAGCCAGGCACCCUUUUUAAACCAGAUGAGGCCAACAGUACCAGGAACAUUUGGUCCUCUUCGAGGAUCAGAUCCUACCAGUUUAUAUGGUUCCUCCGGAGUCUCAGAACCACACCCUGGAGAGCCUGUUGUACAACAGCAUCAACCUUUUUCCAUGCAGCCUCCAGUUGGAAUUAACAGCCACCGAGGACCCGGGCUAGGCCCGCCCGAAGACAAGCAAAUGUGUGGAGGGCUGGCUCACCUUUCUAACAUGGCACCACAUCCUGGAUCCUUGCAGCUUGGGCAGAUGAGUGGCCCUAGUCAGGAUGGAAACUUGUAUCCUCCAGCUCAAUUCCAGCCAGGAUUUAUUCCUCCCAGGCAUGGUGGGGUUCCGGCCCGACCCCCAGACUUUCCUGAAAGCACAGAAAUUCCUCCCAGCCACGUGUAUCGAUCAUACAAGUACCUGAAUCGAGUACACUCUGCUGUCUGGAAUGGGAACCAUGGUGCUACUGCUAACCCAGGACCCUUGGGGCCAGAUGAGAAGCCUCUCUUAGGUCCAGGACCCUCUCACCAGCCUCGCACUCUUGGUCACAUGAUGGAUUCCCGAGUGAUGAGACCACCUAUCCCCCCAAGCCAGUGGACUGAACAAUCAAGUUUUCUACCUCAUGGAGUUCCUUCUUCAGGGUAUAUACGACCACCCUGUAAGUCUGCUGGACAUCGGUUACAGCCACCUCCAGCACCAAGUUCCCUGUUUGGAGCACCCUCCCAGGCUCUGCGGGGGGUGCAGGGAGGGGACUCCAUGAUGGACAGCCCAGAGAUGAUCGCCAUGCAGCAGCUGUCCUCCCGGGUCUGCCCACCAGGUGUGCCUUACCACCCCCACCAGCCUGCUCCCCCGCAUAUACCUGGCCCUUUCCCACAGGUAGCUCACUCAGCAUCAGUCAGUGUGCCAGCCCCAAAGCCUGCCUUGGGCAACCCUGGGAGGUCACAGGAUAACAGUGAAACACCAGAGCCUGAGAAUGACCGAGAGCCCUUGCCUGGACUUGAAGAGAAGCCAGCCAGCGUCGCUGCUUCCGAGGGAGGGGUAUACCUCAAACAACUACCUCACCCUGCCCCUCCCCUGCAGCCCGACUGCAGCAGGCAGAGCUCACCACGAGAAAGGGAAACAGUGGUCCCAGAGCUCAAAAGUGACUCCUCAGAAUCUGCGGACAACUGUAAAGCAGCAAAGAGCAAGACUGCCUGGCCCUCGGAUAGCAGCUACACCAGUCCAGCCACCCAAGGGUGUCUCAGAGACCUCUCUGCUGUGGCAGACAGAGGGACUCUGCCCGAAAAUGGAGUCGUCGGUGAAGCCUCUCCUUGUGGAUCAGAGGGGAAGGGCCUUGGAGGCAGCAGUUCAGAAAAGCCGCUCUGCCCCAGAGGCAAAAUGCAGGACGCCAUGCCAUGUACAGGACAGAACGCCACCACACCCCCCCACACAGACCCCAGUCUGAUGGGAGGUGCUAUAAGCCAGUUCUCUCCCUUGUACGUGCCUGGCCUGGAAUACCCAAAUUCAGCUGCGCAUUAUCACAUCAAUCCAGGCCUGCCAGGUUUGGGCCCCGUGGUGGGAGGGAAGUCGUCCUCAGUGUCCCACCCUCAGCAUUUCCCUCCUAGGGGCUUUCAGUCUAACAGUCCUCAUUCUGGAGUCUUUCCCCGGUAUCGCCCGCACCAAGGCAUGAGAUACUCCUACCACCCACCACCUCAGCCUUCCUACCAUCACUACCAGCGAACUCCUUAUUAUACCUGUCCGCAGGGCUUCUCUGACUGGCAGAGACCCCUCCACCCCCAGGGAAGCCCAGGUGGCCCCCCAGCCAGUCAGCCGCCCCCACCACCUUCCCUCUUCUCAGAUAAGCAUGCCGUGGCUAAUCUGCAAGGCUGCGAGACCCUGAAUGCUGCCUUAACUUCCCCAACCCGAAUGGAUGCAGUGGCUGCUAAAGUUGUCCCAACUGACGGGCAAAAUCCUGGUCCAGAGGAAGAGAAGCUGGAUGAGUCUAUGGAGAGGCCGGAGAGUCCCAAAGAAUUUUUAGACCUGGACAACCAUAAUGCGGCUACCAAGCGACAGAGUUCGUUAUCAGCCAGCGAUUAUCUUUAUGGAACUGCUCCUCCACCUCUGAGUUCAGGAAUGGGUUUUGGUUCGCCUACUUUUCCACCCCAUGGUGUGAUGUUGCAAGCGGGGCCCCCUUAUGCCCCCCAGCAGCCGGCCGGUCAUCUCCAGCCCAGGGCUUACUCUGCUCCUGGGACAGCUCACCCCCCUCACUGUCCAGCGGCCGCCCAGCCCAAUGGCCUCUCCCCGGAGGGCCCUGUCUACCGCUGCCAGGAAGAGGGCCUGGGUCACUUUCAAGCUGUGAUGAUGGAACAGAUUGGCGGUGGAAGUGGAAUAAGGGGACCUUUCCAGGAAAUGUACAGACCAUCAGGAAUGCAGAUGCAUCCGGUCCAGUCGCAGGCCUCCUUCCCAAAGACCCCAGCACCAGCAGGAUCGCAGGAGGAGCUGCCACCUCACAAGCCCCCAACACUUCCUCUGGAUCAGAGCUAGUCCAAGGAGAGGAAUUAACCACCCAGGAAAUGGAAAAGCUGCACAUGAAGACUGGGACAUGGAGAGCUGGGGAUCGACCCUUGCGCAUCUCUAUUCCUGUCACCCUGCUCCAUCCUUCAUAGCGACUCACCGGCCGGAGCCAUUCACGCCCGGAAGCACACUCCGUAGAACAGCCAGCAGAGGUCCUGGGUCCCGGAUCACUUGUGUAGCUGGUAUAGACAGUCGAGAAGAACAAGUGAAUCUGAAGUUGAUGACUUUUCCAAAUCCUGAGACUCUUUUCAGGGAAAAUCACUUUAAACUUGGGGGGGGGGGUGUACUCACGAAUGGAGUGGUGCUUUUAAACUUUGAUGAGCAGCUAAACUCAGGUAUAUAUUUCGGGAAGGGACUACUCGUAGUAUUAAUGUUUUUGGAGCUGGGUCCAGUUUACAGAAUUUUCAUGUUGCCUUUUAAAAUAAUUUUUGUUGGUGGUGAAUGUAUUGUACAUAA